AUGCCCGGGGUACCCUCCAACAAGGCAUGCGAGCGGUGCAAAAAGAGGCAUCUCAAGUGUGAUGAAACACGUCCUCAAUGCCAGCGUUGCACGACUGCUGGGGUCGAGUGCCCAGGGUAUGUGCAGACGCGCAAAUUCAUUGACCAAGGUGCCUCAGUAAGGCGUCGAUAUGCUCCUUAUCCGAAAGCCAUGUCAAAUCCCGGGACCUCUAAGAACACCGAAACUGUAACUAGGGAUCAAACACCCAGGUUAGAGCAAAAUGCAGAAAAGCAACCGGCCAAUCAAGGCCAGUCUGGUCUUGAGCUGGCCAAAUUAUCUACCCAUCUUCAAGGCCAAUCGGGUUUCCAAUCUACGUUGCAAACACCAAGCCAAAUCUCCCCAGACACGCCCUUGCAUCCCGACCUCCCAGGUCACAUGACCAAUGAACCGGGAACUACGAGAGUACUGAGCUUCGGUCCAUCAGGCAGUGGCUCAAGCAGUGGUCCUCCUCAGAAUUCAUUGACCCCAAAUAGUGCUAGUAUUGAUCCAUCAACUAGCAAUGUAUUCCAAGAGUAUAGACAACAACAACAACCGUCGCCUAACGCGAUGCUACCGCCGUCAACAAGUCCGUCGCAGCGUAGCGAUAAAGAAGAGUUUCAGGAUAUUUUUUCAGAACUUAUGACAGGCACUGAGCAUGAAAUCUCUUUUCUAAUACGACAUUUCUCUGAAGUUCUGGCUGACUGGUUGGAUCUUUCUGAUACAGGGAAGUUCUUCCAAGCUUACGUCCCAAUACGGGCGCUUGAUGAACCUUUUCUUAAAUUUUCAAUCGCUGCCCUUUCUGCAAAGCAUUUGGGCAGGAUGAAAGGAGUCAAGUUCGCAUCCGCCAGCGGAAUGUUUACCAGCCCUGCAGCGACUGAAACAUAUCCAAACGCAUUACAAACUGACUGGUUCUUGAAAGCUGCCAACUAUUAUUAUCUUGCGGCAUCCCGCAUGAAUUCAUCCAUAUCUGAUACCUAUGGCUCUGUAUCUACCUCGGUUCUGCUCGAGUCAUCAACUGAGAUUGCCAGUCGAUGGCUAGAUCUUCAUCUCAAGAAACCUGAGACGGCUCGCCAGGAAGGCCCGGCUGGCGAUAAUUUUUGGAAGAAAAUAGAAAAUCUCCUCGCAGCUUCGUCAAUUCUUACAUUAUACAAAAUUCUUGAUGAGCCUGGAGAAAGUUGGCAAACACAACUUACAGGUGUUGGAAAGCUGUUUGAUAAGUUAAUAGAAUUAAUCGGACAUGCCUCUGUGAACACUCCCGUAUUCUCACACGGCAUCACCGCGGCAUUUUGGAACUUUGCGAGGCUGGAUUAUUAUACUUCGUACUUCAACCGUCUCCCCACCCUCUUUGAUGCGGAGAACAUCGUUCUCUGGAGGGCAGCAGGCAUUCCACUUGAUGACCAAGGAAACCUUUCCACACCUACUGAGGCAGUGCCCCACAAAAUGGCCUUCUUUCCCGAGGACUUGGCAGGAAAUAUCAUGACCUGGCUUUUGAAUAAAGUCACCAACUUCCUGGUCGCCUCUAAAAGAUCCCAGCUAGAGCAUUGGGUCGGGCAGUCGUCUAGUGAAUCAACUAGUCCCGGUAGCUCAAAUGCUCCGUCUCCCCAUCCAUAUCCCAACACGGCUACCUGGUUAAAACUCUCGUUCGAGUUUCAGUCUUGGAUUGAACGUAUUCCCGAGACCUUCCGCCCAUCCUUGCGCCUCGAGCAACCCAAAAAUCCGACGAAGUCACCAGAGGGCGGUCACGUGCCGUUCCCAGAAACAUUCUAUGGCCUGACGUGCUGUGCCACGACCAUGCAGCAGUAUCAUUUCGGUCGUCUCGCGUUGUCUCUCAACCGGCCCUCUGACGAAGUGGCAGGUCCCAGUACCGCUUUUGACCGGCUUCAGGGCUAUCGAGAAUUAACGAAGGAAGUUGACCAUCGCUGUCGAGAAAUCUGCGGGAUCGCACUUGGUCGACCGCAUGGGGCGGCGCGUAUACACAUGAUCACCUUACUUUUCGCGGUAGGGCAGUGUCUGGAAAAGCAACAAGAGCGACAAAUUAUUUUGGACUUACUGCGUGGAAUCGAAGCAGAUCUAGGAUGGGUGACAUCUUUCCAUAUACAAAAACUACAGAAAAUAUGGGAAGAUCGGACGUGA